AUGGCAUCGACGGCAGCGUACCUUGCUCGGCGCGCGGCGCAGAAGGAGAGGGUUCGGAUCCUGUACCGCCGCGCCCUCAAAGACACUCUCAAUUGGGCCGUACAUCGCCACCUCUUCUACAACGACGCUUCAAACCUCCGCGAUAGGUUCGAGGAAAACAAACACGUGGAAGAUCCUGAUACAAUUGAUAGGCUCAUAGCGGAUGCUGAAGCCUCAUACAACAAGUGGCGUCAUCCAGAUCCUUACAUAGUUCCUUGGGCUCCGGGUGGUUCCAAGUUUACUCGCAACCCAGCUCCACCUCAAGGGAUUGAGAUCGUCUAUAAUUAUGGCCGUGAAGAUAAUGACUGA